CAGAAUAAGCCUGAUUAACUUGGCAUGUGUGCACGUUUGUGUCAGUAUAUUCUAAUGAUUUUUCUGUAUGCACAGCAAGCGUUCGGGCCGCAUCGUAUCUAUCCACCCGCACAGCUGAAAACACAUUACCAUGUGGUUUCAACAGUAAACAAGAUUUUAGCCAUAUUGUAGCUAUUUGUCAUAUCGUCAUUUUGCAGUAGCACUCUAUAUUUACGAGCAGAAUCAACAAUACAAAACAUUUACUCAACAACACCAUUUGAUGGAAAUAGAUUACAUAUUGCCAUCGAAUUAUUAUUAACUAUCCCCAUUUUUGAAUCCCCAUUAAAUGUAACAUAAACAAUUUUCUAUGACCAUCUAACUAGGUGUAACACUUUGACAAAUGUUACUCAUAUUAUAUUUUACUCUUCAUCCACAUAGUGAAAAAAAACACCUUGUCACGAAUACACCGGUAUAUUUUAUUGUUGUACCUUCAUCGGACCAUAUCAUUUGUGGUCAGCUUCAAAAGUGUGUGUGGCAAUACAUUUGCUAUUUUUCGUUAGCUGACAACGAAAAUGUUCCAGAAAUCCAACUAUCUUUUCCGCAACGUAUUGCAAGCUGCAUAAAUCGACUCCGAAUCUUGGCGAUAAAAAGGGAAUAACAAAGGUUGCGGAUCGAAAAAAAAAACCCAAAAGAUAUCGACUCUGCCGAUGGUGAUGACUUCAACUGAUAUCUGGUACAGAUGUCUUCGAAAGACUUCAAAGAACCGGCUGUAGACUUGGGAAUCGAGCGAUGCAGGCCCACACCCUCGGUCAACAGCACGCGGCCGCCCAGCCCGCCCACCAAGGCUACGGCCACCGAGACUGCCACGACGACGGUUCUUAGCAGCAGCUCCACCGCCAUCAGCCCAUGAUGCUCGGACAAGCCAAACCAUAAAGGGUGAUACGGUCAAAAUUUGGUCACACAUAUUUUUUCAUAACUUAAGACUGCGUACACCAAAACAGCUAAUUUUUGGACCAGUAAUGCUACAUUAUAUGUAGCUUAUACCAUAAAAUUUUCAUCAAAAUCGUUUAAGUAUUGGUUGAUAUAUAGAUAAAACUAUCGACCUACCUUUUUAAAAUUUUGUACAAAGGCGCUCCAUAGUAAAUUUUCGGAAAUUUAAGGUCAGUAAAGCACACUUUUGAUUAUAGAACUACCAAUACUGCUCCGAUUUUUAUCAAAAUUUUACAGUAUAAUGCCAUUAUGAAAAUAUGUUCUUAGUAAAAUUUUGAGCCAUUUUGUAUGAAUACUUUCAAAGUUGUACCAGUUUGAAUAUGAAAAAAACUGACCGGGUGCAACUUAAGACAAUAUAACUUUGUAACGGCUGGACCAAAUUGAAUGAAAUUUUUACACAACAUUUUGAUAUGCAUACUUCACACACAGGAUUUUUUUUUAUUGAGAUCGGUUAAGUAUCUCUGGCUCUAUAAAUAAAACAGUAAAAAUGUGUUCUUAUUUGUAAAUCCAAAUUUUAAAAUUGCAGAUCUCAGGGUUCAACAAUAUCUCCGCAAAUACUAGACCGAUUUUGAUGAAAAUUUUAUGGUACAAGCUACAUAUAAUGCACCAUUACUGAUUCAAAAAUCAGCUGUUUUGGUGUACGCAGUCUAAAAUUAUGAAAAAAAAAUGUGUGACCAAAAUUUGACUUGACUUGACAAAAUUUGAUAAAAUUUGACUACCUAAACUAAUAUAACUUUGUAACGGCUGGAUCAUAUUGAAUGAAAUUUUUACACAAGAUUUUGAUAUGUAUAUUUUACAUACAGAAUAAUUUUCAUUGAAAUUGGUUCAGUAUUUCCGGCUCUAUAAAUAAAAAAGUAAAAGUGUGUUCUUAUUUUUUAACCCUCUUUGUACAAAAUUUAAAAAUUGCAGUUUUCAACAAUAUCUCCACAAAUACUGAACCGAUUUUGAUGAAAAUUUUAUGGUAUAAGCUACAUAUAAUGUACCAUUACUGGUCCAAAAAUCAGCUGUUUUGGUGUACGCAGUCUCAAGUUAUGAAACAAAUUGUGUGACCAAAUUUUGACCGUAUCACCCUUUAACCGGAUGAGUUGGGUGCAAAUGAGCUCCACUCCAGUCGCUUCUUCGUACAAUAGACGACAGCAAAUUCACGCGCGAAAAAACCCGUCUUGCGGGCACAAAUCAUUGCACCAUUGCUGAAACCACCCCGGAAACUCGUCGAAAAAUCGGACGCCAAAAUGUGUAUCGUGUACAGGUUAUUUACGAAGGAUGCCGAUUUCGAGAAGAGUACCAUCCGGCAUUCCGGUAGAUCCAUUCAAGUAGUAUAUUUGGCAGCAGAUGGCUGAGCAACUUUUUUGUAGAAAGUAUUGACAUUUUUAAAUUAAACCAAUUUUAUGUAAAUCAAAUUAAUCAUUCAGGCUUUUGAUGAUGCAAGCACAAAUUUUACAGUUGAUUUAAAUUAAUGCUUGCUUUGUGUAAAGAUUAUUUACAUACAUGCAGGUUAUUUUUUAUAUAAAGAUGCUCGAGCAAUACAGCUGUUGAUUUGAACAUACAACACAAUAAGAGAACAUUUUCAUUUGAUGUUACAAUUUUGUUUAACUUUUGUUUAACUAUUGGAAAUUAUCGUUGCAAAAAAUGAUCAAUAUGCCAACAACAUAGCUUAUCAUAUCACGAAAAUUUUGUUCGAGAAAAAAGUUGAAUUUUUAUUGUAACCUAACUUAACAGCCUAUUCGUCAUAUUGUGAAUUAACCCAUUAUAAUUUGCCAAGAGGUAUACUACAACACACAAACACUACCGUUUGGAGUGAUGGUGAAUAACAUGUCUUAUUGAUCAGGAAUAGUCGCAAGUGGUUGUGGACGCCAUGUGAGAUAGUGCACUUUUUGUUACCAACUAUGCGGGCAUUCCAUUCAGUAAGUCUGAGUCGAACAAACAAGCGCGUUGUGACACAAGCAGAUGUUUACACAUUCGUUUGCGCUUUUCAUUAUGUUUUGCCAUAUCUUUGCUCCUGGUCAUCGGGCAACAUUGCAUUCAUGUUCAAUUCAAUUCAUAUAAAUGAUUCAGGUCCGAUUCACAUCAUAUUCAAGUGUUUCAGGUCUGAUUAACUUCAUGUUCAAAUGAUUCAGAUUUAGUUUACAUAAUAUUCAAGUAAUGUCUGGUUCACAUCAUAUUCAAGUGAUUCAGGUCUGAUUCACAUCAUAUGGUCGGGGUUCUGAAACCGAACCAAAGACCAUUUUUUGAAAAAUUGAGUUUUCUUUACCAUUGGAUGAAGAAAUUGAUGAUCCUCCUUCCAUGUAAAAAUGCAGUAAUUCUGACAGCUCUUCGUGGAGUAAAUUCAAAAUUUCUGUUUGGCAGAACAUACAAAAAAUAAAAUUGCAUCCAACCAGAGUAAACUGUAAACCAUUCCAUAGAAUCAGCGAAAUAUUUUAGUAUUGGUCCAGAUGAAGAACAUUUCAAGUUAUGGUGAUCGCCGUCAAAUUUCUAACUUCCAACCGACUCAUAGUAACAAUCUGUGGAAGAAUUGAACACGUUAUUAGAAAAACGGAUGUUGGAGGAUAGAAUUAUGUUUCGAUGGUGCUGAUCGCCAUUUUUCCAAAUCACAUUCAGCCAGACCGAACCAAAUCCACAGCAUUUUAGAAUCUAUUUAUUCUCAACAAUACAAAAAUCAACUGGUUUUAAAUACCUGCGUGAUGUCGACACACCUCAUACUGAUAAUUUAACACAGAAGCCGUCAUUGAACAACAAGGCUAAUAAGAAUAAUAGGGGUAUUAGGGGCAUAAUGGACACCCUAAGCAAAUGAGUAUGUUAGGCCUGUAUAACAGACAAAAACUUAACAUAUUAUUAGUUGGCUUACUACUUUAACUUUUUUCCUACGUAUUUCAAUCAUUUACAGCUGGUAGAAUGUCAUUAUUGUGAAGAAAUAAUUAAUUGAAAACCGUGUGUUUUUUGGGGCUGGCAGCCAAGGUACGAGGCGAAAUGGACACCCAUCGGGGCAUAAUGGACACCCCUGCAUAUUUUAUGCUGUAUCUUUGAGAAUAUCGACCAGUUAAGUAAUUUGCCAACGGAGAUCAAUACCACAGAUAUAAUACUUCAUCUUAGGCGAGUUUACAUAACUUCAAAGUUAAUUAAACAAAUUUUGGGCUAAAAUAAUCGGAUUGAUUUUUUUCUAACUCUCUAAAACGCCUAACAGUAUGCAACGCGCGCACAUCCAUUUAUAAUUGCCAGUGUUCAUUUCGCCCCGAAUAGACUACAACAUUGAAAUUGCUAUUUUCAGUGUGUUCUGAUCAAAAAUAUAAUACUUCAUCCAUUACUAAAUCUACGUAUACAUGUAGAUAAGCUAAUAAUUCACUUGUUUGUAUGGUGGACACACUCAAUCACUCGUAAUACUUUAUUUACUGCUGCUUCGAAAUUAUAAGAAAUCCACCAUAUGAAAAAUAUACUUCAAUUUCAAUGAUAUUUUGGUUAUUUUAAAGGAAUAUAAAUAGUAUUUUUGAAAAAUAGAACAAUGGCUUGAUCCUUUACACUUAUGCAUUGAAAGUUUUACAUAAAAGUCAACGGUUUCGGCAAAAACAGGGGUGUCCAUUUCGCCCCGGGUGUCCAUUAUGCCCCUAAUCCCCCUAAAGCUUGAAAAAAAUCAAACACUUGGUUCGCUUUGGCUGAUCGAAAAAUGGCGUUUUCACGAGAACCAUGCUAGAGAAGAAUGUUUUGAACUUGAUUCAGACUUAAUGACUGACCUUCAGCUAAGUAAAAUGACCUAGAGGUAAGUUGCUUGGUUAUCACUUAAAGGAGCCAAGUUCAAAUCUCUUUAAUAUUUUCGAUUUUUUUUUGUCUUAGUUCACUUUGGCAGAUCAUUUUCAUGGUUUUCUUCGACCAGUAUAAAUUUGAAGUACACAAAUUGCUCCAUUUUCACAUCUCAGGACCUCAGGACAUGCAAGGACAUCAUUUUACAUAAUCACUCUUGCUCUGUGCCUGCACAUGCACCACCUAUAAAAAAAACAUAGGUGAGAAGGGCUGAGCUGGGAGGGCUGCCGCCGUUCAUAUUUCAAACUAUUUUGAAACCUCCAUGGUAUUAUAAUAUACGCGUCCUCUCUGAUUCGUGUAAAGAAUUGUGAGUGAUAUCGAUUUCAACUUCAUAGAAUAUGAAAAAUCGAGUUUUUUCACAAUCCGAAUGGUUUUCUAUGAAACAAAGAAACACAGUCAGCCUCACUGAACUAUAAACCAUAUUCCAAUGUUUUUGUUCAGCCAGAGGGAACUAAGUGCGAAGUACUGAAAAAUUAAAUGUAAUUAUAUCAAUGAUUUCAAAUAAUUUACAUGUAUUCUUCGUCUCUGAUGAUUCAUAAAGGGGUAAUUCUCGCGCUUCUCUUUUUUUUUUAAAGUAAGAAAAAUGCAUUUGGUUACUCUAAUUGAUGGACCCCCCGUUAGUUAGAGCCACAACAAUUUUUGCAGACCCCUCGAUUUUGGUCAAAUGGUGGCUCAUUUAAACCGUUAUAACUCUAAAGUUUCUCAGAAAACCACCUCAAAGCGAAUUGUUGUUGAAAAGAGGAAAGAUAGAGCUACUAUUCACCAUAAUAAAAAGUUGGGUCGGCCAUAUUGAUUUUGGCCGCCAUCUUGGAUUUUUAUACCAAAACAUUAUUUUCACCAUGAGGGCAACCACCGAUUUUCAAAAUUUUUGCAUCAAUUGAAAGCUGAGGCAUUUAUACCAAACAUAUCAAAAAAUUAGAGAUGUCUUUUUUUCCUAUCAAAAGUUAUCUGCAGUUUUGUAAAUUAAGCCACGUUUUCUCCCUACAUUUCCAUGCGCACCGGCAACGACAUACAACAGCAUCCGAGUUUACGCCUGCAUGUAUACACAAAGGUGCGUGCCGCAAAAUUUGGCCAAAUCGGAGGUUCGUUUCCGUUUUUGACUGUUUCUCAAUGAUGCGGGCAUUGUUUUCAUAACUUUUAUAGUGUUUUGAAAAGCUUAAACCUUCAGCUUUCCAUUAGUGGACUCAGAAUUUAAAUUCGUGUUCGUGAACACUGCGAAAUAACGCUGCAUUUGUGUAAAUGGCUGGCACCGGGCCCAGUGCGCAUAAGUGGCAGGAUUUACAAAAUGGCAGAUAACUUUUGAAAGAAGAAAAAGACAUCUCUAAUUUUUUUAUAUGUUAUGUAUAUAUGUCUCAGCUUUCAAUUGAUGCAAAAAUUUUGAAAAUCGGUGGUUGCCCUCAUGGUGAAAAAAAUGUUUUGGUAUAAAAAUCCAAGAUGGCGGCCAAAAUCAAUAUGACCGACUCAACUUUUUAUUAUUUUAAAUAGUAGCUCUAUCUUUCCUCUUUUCAACAACAAUUUGUUUUGAGGUGGUUUUCUGAGAAACUUUCGAGUUAUAACGGUUCAAGUGAGCCACCAUUUGACCAAAAUCGAGGGGUCUGCAAAAAUUGUUGUUGCUCAAACUAACGGGGGGUCCAUCAAUUAGAGUAAUCAAAUGCAAUUUUCUUACUUUUUUAGCGAGGGCUUUCAGAAAAUCGGCACUUUAAACAAUUUUGAAGACAAGGUGUAAAUAGUGGGCCGGUCUCAGCGAGAAUUACCCAAAGGCUUGUAAGCUACAUGUGUGUGGAAAAGUUUCAAAUAAUCUUAGCUGUUGUUUAUUUGUGAGUGGUUGAACUUUAAGCUUAAUUAUCUCGGAAUGAAGUUUUUAGCGCUUAGUUCGGUUUAGCAGAAUCCCGGCCAUAUUCAAGUGAUUCAGGUUGAAACCGACUCGUGAGAGGUUUCAUAGACAUCCCUAGUAUAUUUUGAAUGGGCGCCUACCAAGUAGGCAACCGUUAAGUAAGUGCUCGAAUCAGGGGUGUUAACAUUUAAAUUGAGAAAAUGUGGUAAGUGUGAAAAGGAGGAGCUAGUAAAUCAAUCUGGUAAGCAAAUUUUUGGAAGAGAAUUAUUUACAAGAUAAGAAAAACGGGAAAUCAAAUAAAAUUAGGAAAAGUAUAGGGGUCUAGGGUCUGACGGAGCGAUAGCUCGAUCUUUCCCAUACAGACUGCCGAACAGUAAAGUUGUUAAAAGUUAAAUCAAUUCAGUGAUAUUAAAGUCUAAUUAAAAGUAUUUAAAAAGUAAUUCAAAGUGAACCUGUGACAAAUGUAUUAAGAUAAUGUUUAAUUAAAUAAUAAUGAAGAUUUUUAGCUGGGAAAGUGAUCGUGAGUCGGAAUAUUGUUUGAAACAAAUUGAAGAAGAAAAUGAAACAAUUCACGAGAUUUUUAUGUGGUGCUAUUGGGGUGCUAAUUGGUUUUUAUUACAGUCACCACAAUGAUCGCGUGCCCAGUUUGGGGCUGUAGGGCUACAUCGCCAUAGUGCUUUAUUACGAUAUUGGUGUUAUAGCGAUGGUUUAAGGGAGGUCCGAGAAUCGCGGCACAGAAGCCAGUCCUUGUAAGUGUGCUACCGAUCAGGCUGCGAGCUAUCCUCUGGGUGGGUUCUUCGCCUCGUGGCUGCGCCCCACUACGAGCCUAUUCGAGAGUGCGUGGUCAAUGAAGAAGGGACUCGGCCGCCUCGUUGGCACCACUCGUCCAUAUGUGGUUGCACGAUACAACGAGCGUUCUGUAGGGGGAAAGUUUCCCACUGCCAGUGCGUAUCGCCCAGACUCACGCCCCGGGUGGAAAAAUUCCAUGGUACUCGAGCAGUCCUGAUCACACCCUACUCUCACCCCACCGAAGCGUCGGUCACAGAAGCCGAGUGUCAUCAUCGGAGCAGGUGGAGGGCACCAAGCACGAAUCGUAACCUCGAUUCAGCGUCAUCCUCUCUCCGGCGCACAGCACGACGUCCAAACGUCGUCCGAUCGUGCCAGAGGUUUUGGCGAACAGCUUGACGAACUCGCCGCCGUCGGCGCAGCCAGCUCUCCGUCGUCAUCUCUGCCGUCUACCAUUGCCGAGCAACGGCUGACAGCAACCCUACGCUGGUGUUGAAGGUAACCACGAACCAAUAAAUGAAACUUUAAAUACCCACCACUGUUUUACCGCACCAACACCAACAUGCACUACCACCAUCCAGGGCUGUUACAAAAGUGUCGAUUUGAAAACCGCAAAAUCCGCGCCAAGCCAUUUGAAAUCCGCGCCGAGGUCAUGAAAUCCGCGCCAGUACAAAACAUAUGGCUUUGAUGACUCAAACUUACUAUAACCCAAAAUUUUUAAGUGAAAAUCAAUUGAUCAAUGAAUAAAUUGAUUUUAAAUUACUAAUCCAUGAAUUUGUAUAACCACUUCUACUUCAAACAAGAGUUUAAACAUGUUUUUUUGUAAUUGCAAUAAUAUGUUUCGGAUCAAUAAUUUUUCGAUUGCUUAUCAAUCAGUGCUUACUAUUUUACGAGAAAACGGCAGCAUUUUGCAAAACUUUUGAAAUAAUUUAUAAUUAACCUUAUGGAAGAAAUCCUGAAAUCCCAAAAGAUCAUUUGAGAAUUUUCAGAAACUUUUUGAAAAAUUCAAGGAUUACUUUUUGCAGAAACAAACGGAGUAAUACUAGUGAAUUUUUGAUUGAAUCACCACUAAAUAUUGUUCCUUAGGGCGAUAUUUAAAAAAUGUUCUGAACAUUAAGCAAGAGAUUCUUGAAAAAGUAUGAAUUCAUUGGAUCAUUUAUGAUAAGAGUUUCUGGUCACACCACACCCUUGGAAAUUAGGAUUGGAUGGAUAUUUCAGCAAAAUGUUCUUAUUCUAAAGAUUUCAAAAGCUUCAACAUUUUUUCAAGUAUUUAGCAUAAAAAAAUCUACCAAGAAACCCUUUAAUCACUGUGCCCCUCACAACGGGUGCUCUGAUCGAAAAUCAUAGUUUUAGCAAAACAAAUUGUUUACAAGUAGUAAUAACUGAUUCAGGAAAUUCGUCAAUUCCGUCAUUCUGAAACUCAUUCAUAAUGAAUCAAGAAAUUCAUGCAUGUUUAAAAAAAGAAAUCGCUAGAAAUUUCUAAUGAAUAAUAUUUUAUCCAGAGUUUUUAAUGUUUUUUUUCCAUAGAAUUACACAAGUUUACAGCAUUUUUGAACUCGGUAAGCUGAUGAUCAUUUUCCGUGUAGAAUCAUGCCCUGAGUUCGAAAACGCCAAGGAAAAAAAAUACAGUAGAGCGGAAAUUUUUUCGACUUUUCAUGCAAGGUUGAUGAUUUGAAACCGAUUUUUGUUCUAUUUUUAAGCAAAUUCGCUUACUUCACACAUCUCAUUCUCCUUAAUCAAUGCUCCAAUUGUGCUGAAUUUUUUACUGUGAUUCGCCUACAUAUGAUAUGUCAAAUAAACGUUUAGAAAGAAUUUUUAAAUUGUUUUUGUCUUAUUGAAAAAAAUAUAUUUGUUCAUAUAUUUUAGGAAAUUUUUCUUAAAUUUAAGGAGAUCGCCUCUAAAAUUAGCCAAUAUCUUGAGUUUCAUCAAUCUGAUGCAAAAGCUGCGUUCAGAUAAUCGAAUGAUAUUGUAUUCAGCUUUCAAUUUAUGGAAAAAGAUUUCAAAUUGGUUGAACAAAACGCAAGAUAUUUGAAUUUUAGUAAAUUCCAUAUUUUAAAAAGUUAUAAAACUCAAUAUUGAGCUAAAACUCAAAAACUGUUCUACUUAAAAUUUUUUGAAGCACGGUUUCGCAAUCAGCGCUAAAUUGUGCUUCAAAAAUUUUGGUCGUUGACAGAAGUUCACGACUUUCGUUUUAUUUUGUAAACUAGUGUUAUCUAAGAAUGCAAUCAUUAAAAGCUCCAGGACAUCUUAGUUGCAUCUUUUUUAUUUUGAUUUCUUACGACACACAUAGCCUACCAAACCAAUGAUUUUCUUUACAAGAUUUUAUUAAAUUUGGCUACAAAAAUCAACCAAAUGUUUCUCUAAAACUUCCGGUAGACAUCUCUUUGCAAAUUCCAUAAAAAAGAUUUCAGAAUCACCAAGAAACAACUAUUUCAGAAAUCUUGCCGUUCUAUUCAAAAUUUUAGCCAAAAAUUGAUUUCGGGGUUAAGACAGAAAUAACUUCAAUAGUUUGACUAAAAAGUUCAAAAGAGGAUCUUCUCAGUUUAACAAAUGCGUAUAAUUUAGUGUAACUUUAACACUCCAAACUAGGGACUAUUAACAUUGAUUUUAAUUAAGCACAACAUUCCAUAACACUACUUUAAAAUCCCUAAUUAAUCCACCUAGCGGUGAUGGCGCCUUUCUCGUGCCUUCGAAACUCCAUUUUAAUAAAACUCAAGCGAAAUGUUGAUGUAUAUCGCUCUUUUACACAAUUAACAGAAAUCCAUUUCAUAAUACCAGAAAUCAUAUCGUUUAUUUGGCUUUUAAUGUUUGAGCCUCGAACUCUUAAGAAAAAGACGCUAUCUUGAAUUUGGACCAACAUCUUGGAUAUUCAAGUCGCCAUUUUUUGAAUCCAGAAAUCAUUCCCAUACCAAAUAUACCAAAAAUGUAUUGUUUUAGGCCCUAAAACUCAAUUAAAGAGCCGCGAUUUUGAAUUCGGAGCCACCAUCUUAAGUUUUAGAUCGCCAUCUUGGAUAUCCUGAUCGCUACUUUGGACUCUGGAAGUCUUCCCCAUAGCAAAUAUACCAAUAUUGCAUGGUUUUAGAGCCUAAAACUUCAUUAAACAACCGUUAGAGAAAUCUUGGAUUUUUAGAUCGCCAUCUUGUACAUUCGGGUCGCCAUUUUUUGACUUCGGACAUCUUUCCCAUACCAAAUAUUGCAUGGUUUUAGAGCCUUAAACUUCUUUAAACAGACGCCAUCUUGAAUUUGAAGCCACCAUCUUGGAUUUCAGACCCCCAUCUUGGAUAUUCAAGACGCCAUUUUAGGAGUCCAGACAUCUACCACAUAUCAAAUAUUCCCAUAUAGCAUGCUUUAAGAGCCUAAGUCUCUAUUAAACAGCCGCCAUAUUAAAUUUUGAGCAGCCACCUUGAACAUUUGGCUGCCAUCUUGAAUUUUGGGCCGACAUCGUAGAGCUUCUGGUCUCCAGUGUUGAUUUCCGCACAAAACUCGCCAACCAUGCUAAAGGUUACAAAAAUCGCCGCAGUUUGAUGUAUCGCAUGAUGGGGCUAGUCCAGUUUUAGCCAGUUCUACCGGUACUGGUCCGGAUCACUGAAAUGGCCAUAACUUUGGAACGCCUUGGCCGAUCUGGACCAUUACACUAGUUUACAAAAUAAAACGAAAAUCGUGAACUUCUGUCAACGACCAAAAUUUUUGAAGCACAAUUUAGUGCUGAUUUCAAAACCGACCUUCAAAAAAUUUUAAGUAGAACAGUUUUUGAGUUACAGCUCAAUAUCGAGCUUUACAACUUUUCAAAAUAUGUAAUUUAUUAAAAUUUAAAUAUAUUGCGUUUUGUUCAACCAAUUUUUAAUCUUUAUCUAUAAAUUGAAAGCUGAAUACAUUACCAUUCGAUCAUCUGAAUACAAGUUUUGCGUCAGAUUGAUGAAUUUCAAGAUAUUGGCGAGUUUUAGGGACGAUCUCCUUAAAUUUUAGCAAAAUUCUCAAAAUUUUUCAAAGAUAUGCAUUCUUUUUCAAUAAGAAAAAAACAAUUUAAAAAUUCUUUCUCGACGUGUAUUUGACACAUCAUAUGUAGGCGAGUUACAGUAAAAAUUUCAGCUCAAUCGGAGCAUUGAUUACGGAGAAUGAGAUGGUUAAAGUGAACGACUUUGCUUAUAAAUAGAACAAACAUCGAUUUCAAAUCAUCAACCUUGUAUGGAAACUCGAAAAAAAUUCCGCUCUACUGUAUUUUUUUUCCUUCUCGUUUUCGAACUCAGGGCAUGAUUCUACACCAAAAAUGAUCAUCAGCUUACCGAGUUCAAAAAUGCUGUAAACUAGUGUUAUUAAUAGCAAACAAUUCCAGUUAGAUUCAAGAUAUAACCCGAAAAAUCGGCCAAUGGGAAGUGCCUUAAAAGUGAGUGAACUUAUUUUACGCACAUACAUACAUACAUACAUACAUACAUACAUACUUACAUACAUACAUACAUACACCCGGGGCAGCAGGGACAGGAGUCCAGGGGCUUGACAAACCCCCCCCCCCCCCCCCUCACGGCCUUCUGCGAGUCGGGUGGGAGCUUGGGAACCAUUUCCUAAGCAAAAACCAUUCACACAUCCGUGUGGAUUACCACCUUUGGCUCUUCCUUCGGGGAGCGACAGAGCUUCUGGUCUCCAGAUAGCUCAAGCUGAGGAUGCCUAGGAUGUGGUGGGGGUUCAACAGUGGGCUCUGUUGGAUCCCCAUAAAAAAGCCACACAUCCGCAAGCAACUCCGUACAAGCGACCUGGUACCGCUUCCAAAGUGCCUUAGCCCAAACACCCGGAGUGCUAAUCGGCACAUCAGGAUAUAUGCCAGUAACAUCCUGAUUAUGGCAUACUGGUCAACGCAACGGACAACGGACAUGUUAAGGAAUACGGAUCGGAUGGCGACGAUGGGCUGGUAUUCGUGCUAUUCUACUCCCCGAGUAAAGAAGGGUGACACCAACUUGAAACGGCGAGUGGGCUAAUGGUGCGUCUGCCUCCGUCCCGGUAAAACCUUGGCAGGCCUCCGGAUACGUUCAUCAUCUGUACAUCAACUGUGAUGCGUACUAGGCUUGGAUGUAACAUUCCCGACUAACGCUGAUCUGGCUCUGGACACGGACCCCAUGAAGGAACGUGUUCAACCCUCGCUUGGCCUCCCUGUUUCAUAGACAACCAAGAGAUCAUGAAAGCGACUAGAUACAGCGGAUGAUGAUAGCGGUGCGGAGGGGGGACCCUGAAGAAUGGAAGAUUAUACAACGAACAACGAAGCAGGAGCGGCAAAUCCGUUUGCCAGGACUGGGUUGGUGAGGACACCACCAUCACAAAACCAGCCAGUGCAAGGGCAAGAGAAGGAGCACCAACAGAUGCAGCAGCAGCAACAGCAGCAGCAACAACAGCAGCAGCAGUACAGCGCUUGGUCGAGAGGACCAAAACUACCAAGGGUAGUUGCAGCAAAAAAGCUGAUAGAUGAGCUGCACGAGUACGUCGAUAAAAGAAGUAACGUGCACAAGGACAUCAAAGCGUUGGUGAUUAAGAUCCAGGGGACUCUUGGAUCGGCAGUUAAGGAGUGGACGAGUAUGGCUCAUAGAGCUGAAUCGGCUGAAAAGGAGUUAGCAAGCGUGGCGAACCGAACGUCAGAAGCGCGAAGGGUAGAAACCAUCACAACUGCGGAGAAAGUCAGUGUCGUGGGAAGUAUCCCCCAGAGGAUGCAAACUACGCCCUUCUUCACGCCGAAGAGGCCAAGGGCUUCGCCAGGAGAUGUUAGACCGGGCGGCUCCAAGAAACAUAAGGACGCCCCCGUUACCGGUGCUCACCCACCAGCGGAGAAUGUUGUAGCAGCAGGCAGCCAUACCUCAUGGCAAGUCGUCGGCAAAAGGAAAGGGAAAUCGAGUAGUAAAAGCAGGUCCGAAAAACGAAAGUUCAUCAGGAGGAGGAACAAAGGCGAAGCUCUUAUCGUGAAAGCGAGUGACGACUCGUAUGCGGAAGUUCUACGCACCAUGCGGACGAAUCCGGAUCUUAAGGAACUAGGGGAAAAUGUGCAGAAAAUCAGACGCACCCGUAAUGGGGAAAUGAUCCUCGAAUUAAAAAGGGAUAUAAAAGCCAACAGCUCGUCCUACAAAGAGCUUACCGAGAAGGCAAUGGGCGGCAAGGUCGAAGUCAGAGCCCUGUGCCCGGAAGCAACCCUCCAAUGCAAAGACUUGGACGUAGUCACAUCGGAGGAUGAAGUAGGUUUUGCCAUGAAGGAGCAGUGUGAACUAGGAGAAGUCCAGAUGUCCAUCCGCAUAAGGAACGGGCCCUCUGGCACGAAAGUGGCAUCGAUUAAACUACCGAUCGAAGCAGCCAACAAGGCACUAAGAGUUGGCAAGAUCAAAGUGGGCUGGUGUGUGUGCCCGCUGAGUAUUUCUCAGCAACCGGAAGUGUGCUACAAAUGUCAAGAGUACGGCCACCUGGCUCGAAAUUGCAAAGGCCCGGACAGAAGCAAACUAUGUAGAAGGUGCGGAGAGGAAGGCCACAAGACUCAAGAUUGUAGUAAACCCCCGAAAUGCCUAAUCUGUGCUAAUGCGGAGAACAGCAAUCACCCGACAGGUUGCCAAAGAUGCCCGGCCUUCAAGCAAGCGAGUGGAACUAAGUCCCAGUGGAGGUAAUUCAAGU